AUGAACCAAACCACCGUAGCCAACUUCGAAAAACCGAUAGGCUGCUACUCUCCAUCGGUUCAAGAGCUUAUUGUUAUUGAUGAUGUGCUCUCGGCCAUGGUUGGCAUUGAAGGACGGUACAUCUUAAUCAAAAGAGUUCGCGGAAAGAAUGACGACAUUUCUUUCCUGGUUGACCCAUCAAUGGAUUUGGCCCUGCAGGUGAAAGAUUAUGACAAUGUUAAUGGUGAACAUUAUUUAACUGUUUCUGAGACAGAUUUUAUUGUGCAGGAAUUGGCAAAACGGAUAUUCCCUCUUUGCAAGAGCUUUCUGUUGAUUGAGCAGUUUGUGGAGUCAAGGUCUCAGUUCCAGAAUGGCCUAGUUAAUCAUGCCUUUUCUGCUGCACUGAGGGCUCUUCUUCUCGAUUACCAGGCUAUGGUGGCACAGCUUGAACACCAAUUUCGGCUUGGGAGACUUUCCCUUCAAGGAUUGUGGUUCUAUUGUCAGCCUAUGAUGAGGUCAAUGCAGGCAUUAUCCACUGUCAUACAGAAGGCUUCAGUUGACAAUAUUUCUGGUUCUGCUGUUCUUAACUUACUGCAGAGCCAGGCAAAGGCUAUGGCUGGAGACAAUGCUGUGAGGUUGAUGCUGGAGAAAAUGACACAAUGUGCAAGUAGUGCUUACAUGAGUAUAUUGGAAAGGUGGGUUUACGAAGGUGUAAUAGAUGAUCCUUAUGGUGAAUUUUUCAUCGCAGAGGACAAAUCCCUUCAAAAGGAGAGUCUCACUCAGGAUUAUGAAGCUAAGUAUUGGCGACAACGAUACAGCCUUAAAGAUGGAAUUCCCAGUUUCCUUGCAAAUAUUGCUGGGACAAUUUUGACAACAGGAAAAUAUUUAAAUGUCAUGAGAGAAUGUGGGCACAAUGUUCAGGUCCCUCCAUCAGAAAAUUCAAAACUUAUGAGUUUUGGAUCAAAUCAUCAUUAUCUUGAAUGUAUUAAGGCUGCUUAUAACUUUGCAAGCAGUGAACUCUUGAAUCUCAUUAAGGAAAAGUAUGAUCUAACGGGAAGGCUGAGGUCUAUUAAACACUACCUUCUUCUUGAUCAGGGUGAUUUCUUAGUACAUUUUAUGGAUAUUGCACGGGAUGAACUAGCUAAAAAGCCCGAUGAAGUCUCAGUUGAGAAGCUGCAGUCUCUUCUAGACCUUGCAUUGCGUACUACAGCAGCUGCAGCAGAUCCUUUUCAUGAAGGCUUAACCUGUGUUGUGGCAAGAAAGAUCUUCUCUGCUUAG